AUGGCUGACGCUCUCAAAGCCGAGGGCAACAAGGCCUUCUCUGCUAAGGACUACGCAACCGCCGUUGAGAAGUUCACCCAGGCAAUCGAACUCGAUUCGAACAACCAUGUCCUCUACUCCAACCGCUCCGCCGUCUAUGCCGCCCAGGCCGACUACGAAAAAGCCUUGACCGAUGCCGAGAAAGCCGUUGAAAUCAAACCAGAUUGGGCCAAGGGCUACCAGCGUAAGGGAGCAGCUUCCCGUGGUCUUGGAGAUCUUUUGUCCGCCCACGAUGCGUACGAAGAAGCCGUCAGACUCGAGCCUGGCAACGAACAAGCCAAGAACGGGUUCAACGCCGUGAAGAGGGCCAUCAACGCCGAGGCCCAGGCUGAUGGUGCUAGCGGAGACCCCAUGGGAGGACUUGGAAACAUCUUCGGCGACCCUCAGCUUUUCCAGAAGCUCGCCAGCAACCCCAAGACCUCCGCGCUGCUUGCCGACGGCGAGUUCAUGGCAAAGCUCAAGAAACUCCAGCAGAACCCGAACAACAUCGGAGAGGAGAUGAGAGACCCCCGAUUCUUACAGGUUAUGAGCGUCUUAUUGGGUAUCGACAUGAGUUUCGGCCAACCUCCUGAGGGUGCUGGUGCUGGCCCCUCCGGUGCUACAGAGGCCUCUGAAGAUGUGCCAAUGCCUGACGCCCGCCAGUCUGCCCCGAAGAAGGCGCCCGAGCCCGAACCCGAGCCUCAGGAUGAGGAAGCGCUUGCAAAGAAGAAGGCACAAGAGGCUGGCGAUGCCGAGAAGAAGAUUGGCAACGAUUUCUACAAGAAGAAACAGUUUGAUGAAGCCAUUGAGCACUACACCAAGGCGUGGGAAUUGAACAAGGAUGUGACAUACCUUAACAACAUCGGUGCAGCCAAGUUUGAGAAGGGUGAUCUUCAGGGUGCCAUUGACACGUGCCGAGAUGCUAUUGAAGAAGGCCGUGAGCACCGGGCGGACUUUAAGCUCAUUGCCAAGGCUUUCACAAGAAUCGGCACUGCUUACGAGAAGCAAGGAGACCUUGACAAGGCCAUCGAGAACUACAACAAGUCACUCACCGAACACCGAACACCCGACGCACUUACCAAGCUGCGUAAUGCCGAGAAGGCUAGAGACAAGGCUCAGAAGGAGGCAUACAUUGACCCUGAGGAGGCUGAGAAGUCCCGUGAGCUAGGUCAACAGAAGUUCCAGGAGGCUGACUGGCCCGGUGCCGUUGAUGCCUUUACCGAAAUGACAAAACGCGCACCCGAUGACCCCCGUGGCUUCAGCAACCGUGCGGCCGCUCUUAUCAAGCUCAUGGCCUUCCCCGGAGCCGUCCAGGACUGCGACGAGGCCAUCGCCCGAGACCCGAAGUUCUUCCGCGCAUACAUCCGCAAGUCACAAGCCCUUGUCGCCAUGAAGGAGUACAGCCGGGCUAUCGAUGCAUGCAGCGAUGCAUCGCAGCACGACGACGGAAGUCACGCUCGCGAACUCGAGCAACAACAGCAGAAGGUUCUUGAUGCGCAAUUUAGCGCUCGCUCUGGGGAAUCCGAGCAAGAGACCAUGGAGCGCAUCCAGCGAGACCCAGAGAUCAUGUCUAUCCUCCAAGACCCAGUCAUGCAGAGCAUCCUGCAGCAGGCCAAGGGCGACCCCGCUGCCCUGCAAGAGCACAUGAAGAACUCACAGGUCCGGCUCCAAAUCCAGAAGCUGAUGGCUGCUGGUGUUAUCCGUCUUGGACGGUAA